AUGUCGUGGGGUCAUGCAACAAGCGAAGAUUUAACUCACUGGACAGAACAUCCUGUUGCUCUCCUCGCUGAAGGUUAUCCUGGAAAUGUAACAGGAAUGUUCUACACUGGAAGCGCAGUGGUCGAUACCAACAACACUAGUAGCUUUGGGACGAAUGGAGAGACCCCCAUAGUUGCUGUUUACACAUCCCAGUACGAGAUGACUCAAACAUUACCAAGCGGAGGGAAAGCUCUUUGGGACCAAGAAUCUCAUUCACUUGCCUAUAGUCUUGACAAUGUCAUCCAGUACCCUCCCUCGCCCUACCAAGAUCAGUACGAAAACUUCCGCGAUCCCUUCGUAUUUUGGCAUGCCGAAAGUGCGAAAUGGAUUCUUGUCACAAGUCUAGCUGAGAUACACAAGCUAGUCAUCUGGAUUUCUGACAAUCUGAAAGACUGGUCCAUCGCCAGUGAAUUUGGACCUACCAACGCUGUUGGUGGCGUAUGGGAAAGUCCCAACCUCUUUCCACUUCCUCUUGAUGGCAGUGAAACCACCCAAAAGUGGGUUCUGAUUGUUGGACUGAACCCAGGAGGCCCUCCGGGUACAGUGGGCUCUGGUCCUGACUACUACGCUUCCACUGCCUACAACGGCCUCGACGCAAAGAAUCAUGUUCAGCUCGGCUGGAUGAACAACUGGCAAUAUGGAGAGAAUAUCCCGACAUAUCCCUGGCGAAGCGCCAUGGCAGCUCCUCGAAGAUUGUCAUUGAGAACUAUUGCUGGCAAGGUGGCUCUUAUUCAAACACCGCACGAGAACUGGAAGUCAAUUCAAAAUCAAAAGACAGACACGCGUUCUUGGAAAUCAUUCGAAAUGGGAAUGCAGAGCCUUGGGUCUAUUGGGAAAACAUUGGACAUCAAUUUGAACUUUUCAGGCGUCAAGGAAAACGGCUCAAGCAAGGGCGAGUUCGGUAUCAUUGUCCACGCCACUUCCAAUUUAACGCAACAAAUACGCAUUGGAUAUGACUUUGGAGCACAAAAGAGAUUUGUGGACCGACGAAAGUCAGGAGAUGUUGGAUUCGAUGAAACUUUCCCGAGAAAGUAUUUUGCUCCCUGCAGAUUGGAGCCUGAUGGCUCGAUAAAUCUACGUAUCCUGGUGAAUUGGGCCAGCGUUGAGGUCUUUAAUGGUGAGAGCACGCUGACUGCUCAGGUAUUUCCCAGUGAGGAUGCAACAUACAGUAACAUCUUUUCUACGGAGUCAAGCACCCAAAGUGUCUUUCUCGAGCUCUCGCAGAUUUCUUCCAUUUGGACCUGA